AAUACAUUUAAUCUGAUUUACGCAAAAUAUGAUUUACGUCAAACUUGUUACCCCACGUGAGGGAGGGGGCGUUACGCACAUGAGGGAGGGGCGUUACCCCACGUGCUGCUGCUGUUGUUUACGGAGCAGAUGGUGUGAGUUUUCUUGUGGUUAUUGUUCUCUUGUCUCAGACCAAUGUGACCCGGUGAUGGUGCCUCUGCUGAGCUUUGGCUGUGGCCUGGCUGCUGGGGUGAUGGCCUCUCUCGCCACCCAGCCCGCAGACGUCAUCAAGACACACAUGCAGCUGUCGCCACACACCUACCCCGGCAUCGCACACACAGUCACCUUCAUCUACAAGAACCAUGGAAUGGUGGGCUUUUUCCGUGGUGCGGUGCCGCGGUCUUUACGCCGGACGCUGAUGGCCGCCCUGGCCUGGACCGUGUAUGAGCAAAUGAUGACCAAACUGGGGCUGAAGUCUUGACAAGGAGAGAAAGAGAGAGAGAGAUCAACCGGAGGGUGAGGAGGAGGACAUUUUGGGGGGUUGAUAAACCGAGGAAACAAAGACUGGUGUCAACAGCCCGGCUGCCCUUGGACGGAGGCAAAGUUUAAGGUCCCUGUUUGCUCGAAUGUUUUGACGUGGUGACGUGUGGACAAGCUGAUUUUAGAGAUACCACACGGCAUGUGUGUGGCUUGAGUUAAUGAACAGAGAG